ACGAAUGGAAGCUACCCCGCAAUAUACAGUAAUCCCGUGAUCUUGGGGUGCGUUAGUUCACGCUAUGCUGUAUUUUACCAGUUUCCAGAGGUGUUUAGGUGCCCCAAGCGUCUUCCAAACCACUAAGCUGGUAUUAUGCACAGACCUGUUAACGCUCUAGUCCCCCCUAUACUUAGGACCUCAGUACAGUAUCGAAGCCUCCACAGGGGAAGGGCAAACAGAUAAAGUUUUAGGUGGACUACACCAAAUACCUCCCACCCAUGUAUAUUUAACUGUCCUUGAGUUUCCUCUUCUCUCUCUGUUUUUUUCCUUAUUCAUGAAUACAUUCGUUCAUUCAUUCACUCAUUAAUUCUCUCUUCGGAUACCUUCAUCAUACAUCUUUGACCCCUUCCAUUCUCUCCUUUACUCGAUUUACAUUCAUUCAUAUCGAUACCAUGCCAUCAAUCACCAUGCCCUCCAACGGAAACACCCUGAGCGUCUUCCCCUUCGAGAUAUGGUUAUUAAUCGCGAACAUCCUCGAAAAGACCGACCGCAAGAGUCUCGUACAACUAUCACUAUGCAACAAAGCCGUCCGGAAUGCCACUGUGAUCGCUCUCUUCCGCGAGUUCCGGAGUGAUUGUAGAUUAUCCCAAAAGGCAUAUACCAGAUUUUUCCAAUUGGUAGCAGGAUCCCCAGCCCUUGCAAAAUUAGUUCAACACCUUGACGUCUCCGACUUCCCGUUCGAACGCUUCGAACGCCACAGGGACAGCAGCACAUUGACCCCCGAUGAGCUUGAAGAGAACGGAGUCGUCAUCAAGAACGUAGCGAAGCGCCUGGGAGCAGACGAGCUACACCACCCCGCUCUACUACGCACCUGGCAGCCGCCCACCAUGCUCGAGAUGCUGCCAUGUCUCCUGCCCAAUCUCAAGUCGAUAUGCAUAGGUUACAAUCCAAGCAAGGAAGUAAAGCACUUUGAGAGAUACGUGGUGCCUUGGUCAAAACGCUCGCCCGACAAUCGUCUAGCGUUGCUGAAAGAGGUCAGAUUCAAGCAGAGCCUUGACCUUGCCGCCUAUCGCCUAGAUGGGGUUCGUGGCUUAUUCUCGGGAGUAGCCCCGAAUAUUGACAAGCUACGAAUGUCCCUGUGCUCCAGGGACUAUCCCGUUACUGAUCCGAAAGUGGAAAUAACGAAAAGGAUGAUCGGGAAGUUGAAGGUGUUACGCGUGUACCAUGCACGAUCGGUGACAAGCCACGGUGCUUUCUUCGACCAAUUGACCAACCUCGAGACGCUAAUAUAUAUCCCCUAUUCUCCCACGGUUACCACGCACGAGGACACGCAUAUAGGCGAGGAUGAUCUGGUUGACGAGCUCAACCUUAUCAUUAGAAUACCAGAGGUGAAUGACCUUAUAGGCACUGGUUGGACCUUAAAGAGAUUAACGACCCUCCGAUUCCUUGCGAUAAGUCAAAGAGCCCUUAUCCUCGCUCUAAUCCCUCAAAAGGAUGGCCUCGCAAACGACUUCCUUUUUCACUUCCUGCCGAAGUCGCUCGAGGUCUUACACAUAUGGGAGGUCAACCGGGCGAUAAUGCCUCACCUCGUCGCUUUCCACGCCCACGUCAUCAAUGGUGACUUUCCCAAUUUGAAAGGCUUCCGGAUCUGGGGCAGGCGAAAAUCCAGAUCUCCCUUAACCAUUUUAGACUGGUUUAGAAUCGGGGAGAUAUCUGAUGAUAUCAGUCCCACCGCCGUGGAGGUGCCGUUCCCAUACGAGGAAGGGGAAUGAAGCAAGUCCGCCAGAGCAGACUGGCGAAGGGGACUAGAGGUUGUCGUCAUGUAUAUAUUCGCUAGCUUCAUUUAGAAUCUGCUUUUUUCGCAUAUCGGCCGUGGAUGGGGUAGUUGCAUAAAAUAAGGGCCCAGUAGACGGAAGCAUCAAGGAAUAAUUUUUCCGCGGAUCUAUUAACUUAGAGGGGGGCGUUGCCUAUUGCAUGGGAAGGCAUUCGGUGGUAAUCUUUUGCCGUUGGGGAGUUAAAAGGUUCAGGAGGAAGCUAUCGCAUCUUGCGACUAUGAGUUAAGCUACUAGUGUCAUAGUCAAUGAGCUCAUGAAGACAUGAAGACAUGAAUACCAAAAUACAGCUAAUCUGAA